AUGUCUGCUCUGACUAACAAACCGGACACGCCAUCCAUCCCAGUGAUCUCUUUCGCCGACUACAGCGCCCUCGCCCUCCCCCAACGCCGCCACACCGCCACCCAACUCGUCAACGCCUGCACCAAGUACGGCUUCGCCUACAUCACCGAUCACGGCGUCCCCGCCACCACCAUCCAACGCGCCUUCGACCUCUCCGCUCAGUUCUUCGCCAGCCCCGUCGCUUCGAAGAUGAAGGCGCCGCACCCGCCUGGUUGGGCCGUUCAUCGCGGUUACUCGUGGCCCGGACUGGAGAAGGUCAGUAAUGCUACUUCAAGCAACGGAGAUGGAGGUGCAACGGAGGGGAACGGGGAUGGGAAUGAGGAGAUCGCAGCACAGAUCGCCGCGCUGAGGGAGAUUACGGACGUGAAGGAGAGUUUCGAUAUUGGGUCAGAUGGGAAUGCUGAGCAGCCGAAUCAGUGGCCGCCGGAGGAGUUGUAUCCGGGGUUCAGGGGGUUUAUGACGCAGUUCUAUGAGGAGAUGAAUCGCGCUGCUAUGCAGGUGUUACGGGCGCUGGCGCUUGGGCUGCUCAGCGAUGAUGACGCUGGUGAAGAAGGCGAGCUCGACGAAGACGCCUUCGCCAAGCUGCAUUCAGGAGCGUAUAAUCAGCUUCGGCUGCUGCACUAUCCGCCGAUACCGAUCGAUGAGGUGAGCGAGUAUGGCAAGACCAAGACCAGGAUGCCGAGUCACACAGACUGGAGUACUAUCACGCUACUCUUUCAGGAUUCGGUUGGUGGUCUGGAAGUGGAAGUCCCGGAAGGUGGAGGUAAGUACAUGGCUGUUCCGCCACUUCCAUCAGAUCCAUACGCCAUGGUCAUGAACGUCGGCGAUCUUAUGGUCAGGUGGUCGAAUGAUCGAUUGAAGUCCACUGAGCAUCGGGUUGGGCUUCCCCCGGUGAUCAAGGCUGUCGAUGGGUCCAAUGGAUCCAACGGAGCUGAGGGCAUGACGAAAGCACGCUAUAGCAUUCCUUACUUCUUGACAACGGACCCGGACUUGAAGAAGGCAGCAUGA